AUGGCAAACCAAAAUAGAGUCAUCUAUACCGUGGACCCCUCUACCAGUCCGGCUUCAUGGCCACCUGGACAAGCCCCAGAAUUUGGCACCAUGAUCUACAGAGUCGAGGUUAUCUACAUCAAUCUGCAGGGGGACUCAGACUUUCGAACACUUCGAACCGGAACCAACGAGCAUAUACACCAUGCAGUUAUACAGGUCACCAAGCAUAUAGCGAGAGGCCUGUACCGGAUUGUUAGCAUGAAUGUUAGCGAAUAUCAAUGUAUAGUAGUUAUGGAAACCGAGAGAUCAACCGCCGAUCUUAGGGCGAACGGGUUCCCCUGGGAUAGGGAUAAUCAAAACCUGCCAAAUGUUGUUCUGCAAUAG